UAAAGCCGUUCUGUCCUUCUCGUUGUUGCCCACCCUCUCGGUUCCGAUCCCAGUGAGCAGCCAAAAUUCCUGGGAAAUCAUUUCCUCAACGGGCGCAUCUGACUCAGCCAGUGAGGCGAAUUACCAACCACCGGUGAAACAGGAAGAUCAUGGAUCCGGCGAAGACGCCGCUUGGCCAGAUGUUACUGGACGAGAUCACUCCAGUUGUGAUGGUACUUUCUACUCCUUCUGUCGAAGAUGCUUGCCUCAAGAAUGGCCUCAGCUUUCUUCAGAUGCUUACCCCAUUCAGCUCUUUUAACAACAUCGACGUGCCAGUAAGGACUGCCAGUGACCAGCCCUAUAGGCUUCAGAAGUUCAAAUUGCGAUUAUAUUAUGCUUCGGAUGUCAGGAAGCCAGAUUUGGAGGUAGCUAAAGAGCAUUUAAAGCAAGUUAUCACAGAGGCGGGGGAGAAAGAGUUCAGUGAGCUGAGUUCGGAUACACCAGAAAUUAAUCAUGUACUUGAGAAUUCUCAACCCGGAAAUGCACCAUCCUGGCUUCAGAUUUUUAACAAAGAACUUAUCCGUGUGGUCUCCUUUUCAGACCAUGAAGCUUUUGAUCAUCCAGUGGCAUGUCUUUUGGCUGUUUCUUCUAAGGAUGAACAACCAAUUAACAGAUUUAUUGACCUAUUUAACACCAACAAGCUGCCUUCUCUUCUUAAUGAUGGCGUGAUGGAUCCAAAGAUUUUGAAGCAUUAUUUAUUAGUGCAUGAUAAUCAAGAUGGCCCUGCUGACAGGGCAACUAAAAUAUUAACAGAAAUGAGGAAUACGUUUGGUACUAGUGACUGUGCGCUGCUAUGUAUCAAUUCUUCAACUGAUGCUCCAAUCAAACGUGAAGAGAACCCAUGGGCUUCAUAUAAUUCUGACGUCUCUCCUGGUCCAGAUCUUGGCUUCUUUCUUAAUACUGAUGAUAUCACUAUGAUUAAAGAUCUAAUGCAAGAUUUAUCAUCCAAGCACAUCAUUCCAAGCAUGGAGCAAAAGAUUCGUGUGCUCAACCAACAAGUUUCUGCAACACGGAAAGGCUUUAGAAACCAACUUAAAAAUUUAUGGUGGAGAAAAGGGAAAGAAGAUAGCACAGAUUCAGUUAAUGGUCCCAUGUAUUCCUUCAGCUCCACUGAAUCCCAGAUUCGAGUUUUGGGUGAUUAUGCUUUCAUGUUAAGGGAUUAUGAACUUGCCUUGUCAAAUUAUCGCUUGAUUUCCACAGAUUACAAGCUUGAUAAAGCUUGGAAACGCUAUGCUGGGGUACAGGAAAUGAUGGGACUUGCGUACUUCAUGUUGGACCAAUCAAGAAAGGAAGCUGAAUAUUGCAUGGAAAAUGCCUUUAACACUUACUUAAAACUCGGAUCAUCUGGGCAGCAAAAUGCCACACGAUGUGGUCUCUGGUGGAUAGAAAUGUUGUUGGCACGAGAUCUAUAUAAGGAGGCAGCUCCUAUUUACUUCCGCAUUUGUGGUGAGGAUGUCCUACAUUCUGCUGUAAUGCUUGAACAAGCAUCCUACUGCUACUUAUUGUCUAAACCUUCAAUGUUACGUAAAUUUGGAUUUCAUCUUGUGCUUUCUGGGGACCAUUAUAACAAGUGUGAUCAGAUCAAACAUGCAAUUCGAACAUACAGAAGUGCUCUUUCUGUUUUUAGGGGAACUACAUGGAGUCAUAUAAAAGAUCACGUUCAUUUCCAUAUAGGACAGUGGUAUGCUUCUCUUGGGAUGUGUGAUGUGGCUGUCAAGCAUAUGUUGCAGAUCUUGGCUUGUGGUCACCAGUCCAAGACAACACAGGAGUUAUUUUUGGGCGACUUUCUUCAAAUAGUUCAGAAAACAGGACGAACAUUUGAAGUAUCAAGACUUCAGUUGCCUGUAAUCAACAUUUCUUCACUCAAGGUCGUCUUUGAAGACCACCGAACUUUUGGAUCACCUUCAGCUGCUAACACUAGAGAAAGCUUGUGGCGUUCCUUGGAGGAAGAAAUAAUACCAUCAUUCUCUACUACGAAGAGUAAUUGGUUGGAGUUGCAAUCAAAGCUUAUAUCAAAAAAAUACAGAGAAUCAAGUGUUUGUGUUGCAGGAGAAGCUGUGAAGGUGAACGUCGAAUUCAAAAACCCACUUCAAAUACCGAUUCCUGUGUCUGGAGUUAGCCUUAUAUGCAAGCAUUUUCCCGGUACUGUUGAAGUAGGACCUGAUGAAAAUAUUUCAAGGAUGGAAAAUGAUAGUGUAGGUGAAUGUGAAGAGUUGACAGCCUGCAGGGACAUGAGCUCUGAGAAUUCGUUUUUGGUGUCGGAGGUUGACUUCUUGUUAAGAGGUGGUGAAACAACCAUGGUGCAACUAUCAGUUACUCCAAGAGAAGAAGGUACUCUGGAAGUUCUUGGUGUUAGGUGGAAAUUGUUGGGUUCUAUAGUCGGCUUUCAUGACUUUGACUUUAAUCACGUAAAGAAGAACGGUUUGAAAGGAAAGAGGAAAGGGAAGCGCUCAGCUAAUGAAAACUUAAAGUUUUUAGUGAUUAAGAGCAUACCCAAGCUUCAAGGGUCCAUUCACCCUUUCCCCGACAAGGCAUAUGUGGGAGAUUUACGGCACCUUGUUUUGGAGUUGAGAAACCCAUCAGAGUUUCCUGUCAAGAAUCUGAAGAUGAAGAUAAGUCAUCCCAGAUUUCUGAAUAUUGGAAAUCAGGAAAGUAUGAAGUCAGAGCUUCCAGCUUGCUUAAUAAAGAAGGUAGAUUCAAUACCAAGUGGUGCAAAUGCUAAUCCAUUUAACAUGUCUGACACAGUCUUUAUGUUUCCAGAGGGCACUUCAGUUCAGGGCGCUACACCCUUUGCAUGGCCUCUUUGGUUUAGGGCAGCUUUUCCUGGCGAUAUUUCUCUAUAUAUGAGCAUAUAUUAUGAAAUUGGAGAUAUAUCAAAUGCCAUCAAAUACCGUAUUCUUCGGUUACAAUACAAUCUACAGGUAUUGCCAUCAUUGGAUUUGUCUUUUCAAAUUAGUCCUUCUCCAUUGAGAUUACAAGAGUUCCUUGUUCGAAUGGAUGUUGUUAACAAGACUGCCUCAGAAGAUUUCCGAGUAAAUCAGCUGUCCUCUGUUGGGAGCAACUGGGAAAUAUCAUUACUUCAGCCUGUUGAUACCAUUUUUCCUUCACAAUCAUUGAGGGCUGGUCAAUCAAUAUCAUGUUUCUUAACGCUAAAGAAUUGCAGGAGCCUAUCGACUGCUAAGGACAGUAUAUCUUUGGUUCCUAAGCCUGUCAAAAGUGAUAUCAAAUUGGUUCCUCAAGGUACUGACGAUUCACUUUAUGAUACGAGAAGUGAGCCUUUGGUCAAUUUCCACCAUUACGAAAAAUUGCAGCUGGAAUCACUGCAUGAGGCACAGAGAGACCUGAACACUGUUGAUUUUGUAUUGAUCUCUCGACCACUGCAGAGUAACAGAAAUACCGGGUCUGUUGACCCUCCUCUUGUUAUGUCUCAUUACGCGUGCCAUUGCAGUACUGCAAGUACGGGCCCUAUUUCAUGGAUAUUGGAUGGCCCUCGAACCUUACAUCAUAAUUUCUCUGCAUCCUUUUGUGAAAUAAAUCUGAAAAUGCAUCUUCACAACUCCUCUGAUGCCACCGCCUUCGUCCGUAUUACCACCUCAGGUUCUGCUGUCAAUGAUGGGCAUCUGAACAGUGUAAACAUGCCUCAGUCAGCAUCUUCUCCUGAUGAUCAAGGAGGGUGGCGUCCCGUCACACCAGUGAAUGAAGUGAAGGUCCCAUCCAAUAUUAGUGGGACACCGCCCGAAAAGCCUCUAUCAUUAGGAAGUGUCUCCCCGUACAUUUGGUCUGGAUCAAGCUCGACCAAUAUCCACCUAGAGUCUAUGUCCUCAGCUGAAAUUCCCCUUCAGAUCUGUGUGUUCUCUCCUGGGAUAUAUGAUCUGUCAAAUUACGCAUUGCAUUGGAAUCUUGUUCUGGCUGAAGGUCGGGGAGAUCAAGAUGCAACGAGGCAACGGUCAGGAAGGUGCCUGGGAUAUACAUACUACCUAACUGUGCUCCAAUCCACAUGAGAAGUUGGCAAAAAUGCUGUAUCACUCACGGAUGCUUGAAUUCUAUAUCUGAUUUGUUACUGAGUUGUAUAUUAUGUUUCGGUGUAUUGUUAAGUAUGAAUAGGAUCAAGGAACUGUGAUACGUAAGGAAAGGGAUAGGAUAAAAAUAUUCAUUAUUUGUUCACAGAAUAAUUGCAGAAAUAUAUUUUUGAUUAAA